UUCCAACUUUGUCAUAAUUGUCUGUAGGUUCUAAAUUGCUUAUGAGCUUGGCUUCCCUUCAGAAAGUAGCUGAUUCUUGUACUUUACAGCUGUAUUUUCCUACAGUUACUAAUAAUACUAGCAACAAAACAGAUUUCAUUCCUUAAAAUGAUAUUGCCAGAUGGAAGAAAAUAAUAAGGUAGGCCUAAACUGUAAUAAGAUAUACCUUAAAGACUGCUUGUGUUUAAUCCUGAAUCCAGUUGCCCCUCUUGUACUGGGAUAAAACAAUAGGCAAGCCAUGAACCUUAUGGAGGAGUACAUGUGUUUUGUAGACACACCUGGGUUCUAGACUGGCUGAGGUAAACAUUUUAGGAAAGCCUGGGUUUUUAAUAUCGAAGUCAUUCUAAGGGGUAGGUUUGACAAAGCAAAUGAGUGAGUGAGUCUUUGACAUGAAGACAGUGGUUAGAUUCUGCCAUUGGGACUGCUCUGAUGUUUCCAUUCUCUCCUGGUUAUGACCAUAGAGCCUUGUCCCAGUCUCUAGACCUGCCUGUCUGUGUGAUGGAUGACCACCUGACCUCUGAAGCUGUCAAUGAGAUGGAGCAGAGCAAUUGUACCAGGAGCAGAGCAACCUCAGUGAUGGAAACCACAGAAGAGGGAAAGCUCAACAAUGUGGAACAUCUGACACUUAUGGACUUCCUUCAAAACCUAACUGAGAAGUAUGUUCUGUUUUCUUUGGUACUAUCACACCUUCAAGGAAAUAGGAUCAAAUUAGAAACUGAUCAAUCUGAAAAAAAUGUUCAGUGCUAGAAAAGUUGUCACAUUGCAAUUUUGCCAAAACAACUGACACAAAGCAAGUAUAACUUCACGAUCAGGCAAAUAAUUAAAUAAAAACAAUUCUGCCACGCAUCCUGAUAUGACAACAUUUAUAACAAUAUUGUUUUCAGGCAAUGGAGGGGGAUUCGUGAGGGCAUGUUUGACCCGGUAAGAUCAUGUUACUGACAAUUUAAUCAGAUUACCAUGAAAACUCUGCCUAAUGUUUAACCUUGUUCAUAAGCUUUUGAAAGACGCACUAUGCAACAUUUUAAAACACUUCUUCUGUUUCUGGAAUACAGCUGACAAAACAACAGCUUGCCGGCUUGUGUCUGAGGAUUGUCCAGUUUUUAUCGGACAAGCUGAUGCAGAUCAUCAUCCCAGGACUCUAACCUCUCUGUCUGAUGUGCAGAAGAAAACAACCAACUCUGAGACGCUACAAGUCCUCUUAGGUGUCUCAGAGGACACCCUUGUCACCUGUGUACAGGACAGCCUGCAAGGUUCUCUCUCCAAACUUGCAUGCAUGUCCAAUUCUCCAUCUGGAAGUGCAGGCUCUAUGAUGCUAACCCCUGCUGUAAUGGCAGAGUUGGCUAAAGAUGUCAAGUCGGCCUUAUCAGUGGUCGUUAAGAGUGCCUCCGCUAGCCAAACCUCUGUAGUGACACCGGUAAGGGGAGACUCACAGACCAAGGUGACUGAGAGCAUGGUGAGAGAGCUGGCUGCUAAACUUGAAAAAGUUGACCAAGAGAGCAAGAGUCUAACAGGGCAAGUCAUGACCAUGAUCUCUGACACAAUGGUGGCUUUUGUUGACGAGAACAAACAGAAUUUGCUGGAAGAUCUGAAGGACAAGAUCACGUUUUUGGCAUCGCAUGUUGGCUUCAUUGAGGAUCUUGAUGCCCUGAUAAGCAAAUACGAGAGCAGCUACAAUAUUAGUGAAUCUGGUUCCUCCUGCACGCUCACAUCUAAGAGCAUCCAAAAACUCUCUAGCCGGGACUUUCAAACAUCAGCAAUACAAGCAGUGAGUGGAGUUCUUGACAAAAAAGUCAGUAGUUUGAGCUUUCCUAGUUCAGUCAUUCAGUCUGAGUUAACAGGUGCUGUAUCAGGUCAAACAUUGUCUGGCAUUGUAAAGACAGAGUCAAUUCACCCAGUGGGCUCAGCAGCGUCAGUAGUUGUUAAGACUUUCGUGUCAGAUAUGAAGUCCUUGGCUGAAUCUGAAGAGAGUCCCCAACAGAAGAGUGCCUGGUCUGCUGCUGUUCACAUUUACCACAGCAUCCAAAACAACUUGAAAGAUUAUUUCGGCAAGCUUCAGCGAUGUGCCUUAAAGAGCAUUGUCACAUCUGAUGAUAACAUCACAAAUGCUGAGUUUAAGGAGACAGUUCCACUUCCUUGCUUAAACAUGAAAUAUAGGCCCAGUAAGAGUGAGCCUCAGUUGCCAGAGUCCACUGGUGAAGUUACUUUACAAAGAGGCCUAAGUGAGUGCUCAAAACUUCUUUGGGCAAAAACUGAGUCAGAAGAAAGCAAGCUCCUUCUGACAACUUGCACCAAAGAAGUCAUCUCAGAGCUUCUGGUCUUGUACAAGACUGCAAUGUCAAAGGAGGACGCCCUGUACACUGUUGGAGAAAAAGGAUCAGGCUUCUCUAUUGAGAGAGAGAAAUUUGUAGAGGGUGUUCUGGCUCAGCUUGGGGAUAUUGCCCAUUCCAGGGCCUCAUCACCAAUAGUAUGUGAGUUCCCCUGUCAAAUUGAGGACAGCAGAAGUAAGGCCACAGCUUCUUUGACCAGUCUGUUAGAUUGUAUUAGAAAACUCUCAAGUGAGGAAUUUAAGAGAAAUGCCACUCAAGCAGUGAGUGAGUUCCUAGUUAAAAAGUCCACCAGUAGCUUAACUAGUGCACAGCCUGCUUAUUCUGUAGCAUCCAGGUCUUGUUCCAUUCAAAACCAGUACACAUGGUCAAAGGAUAUUUGUGCGGAUUCUGCUGCCUUUGGCAUCAUUGAAACAUUUGUGGAAGACCUGCAGAGCUUGGCGCAACCUGCAAAAGUAGAGGAGAGAGAACCUGACCUCCAGGAAAAUGCACAAAAGCUACAGAGCAGGAUCUGGUCUGCUACCACUAGUUUAUAUAACAAUAUUCAGAAGACAUUAAAGGACUUCAUCAUUCAUCAGCGGAGGUCAGACAUGCUGAGCAGAACGUCUAGUCAUAUACCCACAGAGGACUCUGGACAUCUUGGGACUAAGGAGCACAUUUGUUUGGCAAGCCAGGACUUGAGGCAAGCUAGUAAGAGUGUGCCUCACUUGCACAGUUUGAACCUUGAAGUGGCUCUACACAGGGGUGUCAGCGAGAGUUCAAAACUUCUCUGGACUGAAACAGACGAGGCUCUACUGACCAAUAGUACCAAAGAGGUAAUUUCAACAAUCUUGACCUCAUGCGAGGAUCAGGCAUCAAAUGCACCUUGCUUCUCCACAGUAGGAAAGAAAAUAUCUGAUAUGUCCCUUGAGGUCAACAUGUUGGUAGGUGGUGUUCUGUCUCAGCUGAAGGACAUCUCCUUGUCAAGGUCCCCAACACCAUGUGAAGACAUGUUUGAACGUCUCCAAGGUUCUCCUGAGCGAACCUCUCCAGUAAGUCUAGAUUGCAGCACGGCUGCCUCCAAAGGCAUUGCAUCUUCCCACAGUCUUUCUACAAAGAGCCUCCAAAAACUCUCUAGUCAUGAGUUCCAAACUAAAGCUGAGAAAGGAGUGAGUGAGGUCCUCUCUAGAUCAUUUAACAUUGUGGAGGAAGGUACAACAGAACAGUACCUUCAGUCUGUAUCUACAUCCACCACAUCUACUGAUAUUAUACAAACCAUGGUGAAAGACCAGCAGGAGCUCACCCAGACCACCCAAUCAUCUGACAUGGUAUCUGGAACCUCCCUGCUCACCACUGGACAGGUUUCUGAGAAAAGGAUCUGGUCUGUUGCUCGUAACAUCUACUACAGUCUGCAAAGUAAGAUUACGGAGUUUCUCAGAAAAGAUCUUCAAAGAUCAGACACAACACUUGGUUCAAUCCAAAUCUUUACGUAUCAAAGCAGUCCUGCAUCACAAAGAGCAAGUCUCUGCCAUCUUGAGGUCAACCAGAGCAGUGUUACACCUGGUGGAAACGAUGCCUGUGUGGACAUUCCGCACAAAUUACUACCUAAAACCACUGAGCUCUCAGGAUCCAUGCUGGAGGAUAUUGACACGAUCCGUUGUAGGAGUGCUGACAGCCAAAAUACAAGAAAUACCUCUUCUUCACGCUCUUCUAUCUCUCUAACACCUACUUCAAAAUUAAGGCAGUCGAAAUGGCACUUUGCUUUACCCGGGACUCCCAUCCCCACUGAGUUUCCUGCUCAGAUUGACUUUCCCAUUGUUAGAAACACAAUCAUUGAGGACUUCUUUCACACAGAGGACUUACUUCCUGUAACCUUUGUGGACAAAGUCAGGCAAGCUGCUGGGGUGGUAGUGGACAUUAUGGUGGAAAGUGUUGAGAACACACAGGAAAAUGGACAGGGUGCUUCUCAUCUUGACGACCUCCGAUCUGCUGUUAGGAAAUUGAGAAAAAUCAUUUCCACUUGGACCAUCCACAUUUUCAGCCAUGAAUUGGUGGAUAAAGUGAUAGCCAUUCAGGACAGCCACAGCACUCCACAGGUCUUAACAUUGGAAGCAGCCAAAAGUGCUUCAGACUCCAUUCUUUCAAGGCUGAAAUGGGGAAAGGAACAAUGUGCCAUAUCCAAGGAGCUCUCCUCUCAGCUUCUCCAGAUAUUUGCUGAAGAGACAGUGAAGUGCUUCCUGAGACAGUGGUCAGAUGAGUAUGAAAACAUAAACUUUGAUGUUUCAGUCCAGAACGAUCCAAAGACUUCUACUUGCAUGGUCAUUCUUCAAAUGAUCACCAAAGCCACUGCUAAAUGUUAUUUUGAGUCCGCUACCAGCGUGGCCACCAGUGACAUUGUAGAAGGCGUGUUUGAUUUGGAAAGGGAUACCAUCAGCAGUACUGGAGAGCAGGUCCUCACCUUCAAUACAAAGGGUUCCAAUAAUGUUAGUAAGAACCUCUGUCCUCAAGAGUCUCUGGAGUACCAGCCUCAGAACAUUUCCCCUACUGUGUACUUUACAGAGACGAUGACAACAUCUCAUGGCUCCUUUUCUCCAGAGGGAAUUUAUGAUAUCGCAUCGUCCUUCCCACUUGAAGAGAAGAGUCGCAAACCCUCCCUUUUCACCAGAUUGUCUAGAUCCAUCACAAAAGGCUUUCUCAGCCCAUUCAAAUCUUCAAGGAAAACCAAAUUAUUUAAAUAAAUUCCUCAUUAUAA